AUGCAUACUGCCGGUCCUGGUCGUGGAACUAUAAAAAAAUUGCUCUGUGUCCAUGAGUUUCGUGUGUUCGUAAGCUUAUAUUCGCUUUCGAGAUUCAAACUAGUAAAUACGACUGUAUACGAUGAAGUAUGGCAAAUAUUCGAAACCAAAUGGUCGAAAAUAAGGCUAGUUUUUAAAAAGUCGAUGUAGAGAAAAAAUAUGAACGGUAUGAAAUAUAUGUAGGAGCAACUCAGCCGUUUUGAGCAUAUUGAAGGCCCUGAAUAACUCCCGAUCUUCCUGGGUGUCAACGAUUUUGUAUUCAUAGGCCGAUAUCUGCGCGCGAAUCGACUCCGUAGCCCGUUGGAUUUUGAUGAAAAACAAAUUCCGCUUUCUAUUCCUCAGGACCUGGCGAUCGAGAUAAUCGAGCUGCUUCUGCAAAGCAAAUACGAUGAAACGAAGAAUCGUCUUGGACGCGCCCAAGUCCUUGAACUCCUGAAGUUCUGUCUCAGGACGUACUUCACGUUCGACGGGACAAUCUACGAACAGGUGAAGGGCACACCAAUGGGUUCGCCGAUUUCGGGAUUCAUCGCCGAGGCGGUCCUGCAACGGUUAGAGUCGCUGAUCUUCCAACACCACAAACCGACGUUCUGGACCCGGUAUGUGGAUGAUACCUUCGUCGUUAUCGAUCGGGAUCAACUGCUGACAUUCAAGGAACGUCUGAAUGCGGUCUUCCCGGACAUACAAUUUACGAUGGAGGAGGAAGAGAACAACCAGCUGGCCUUCCUGGAUGUCCUCGUAUGCCGCAAGGAUUGUGGUGGACUAAAGACCAAAGUGUUCAGGAAAGCGACAAAUACGAUGCAAGUACUGAACUUCAACAGCAACCACCCAAUCCGUCACAAACGCAGUUGUGUAAGGACGCUCUAUCGGCGUGUCGAAACACACUGCAGUGAGCCGGAAGACAAGAUUGCUGAACUACAAUACCUCCGACGGGUAUUCAAAGCCAAUGGCUACCCGAGCAACUUUGUCAACCGGUGCAUACGCAAAAUGGACGAAAGGCCUAACCGCAGGGACACCAAAGUUUGGCGAGCGCUUCCAUAUGUCAAGAACGUUUCGGAAGCUGUUGGCCGCCUUCUCGCACCGCUGGGGGUCGGAGUUGCACACAGGUCAGAGGCAACCAUCAGGCGUCAAUUGAUGAAACCAAAAGACCCACUGCCACGGCAAGAAACGUCUGGAGUCGUUUAUCGGAUCUGGUGA